AUGUUCUGCUGCCGACGGAGGAGCCCGGUCGAUCUGACGCAGCGGCUGGCGCCGGCUCAUCCCGCCGAGGAGCAGGCUGCAGCGCCCGCGACUCGUGCGGCCAGGUCAACAGAGGGCAGGAUAUGCCCGAUCACGGGGCUCGAAGGCAUCUGCCCCAUGGCCAGAAAGCCGGUGUUGGGCGAGGGUGAGAAGCCCCCAGAGCUCAAG